UGUAGUUUUCAAAACAAAGUAGGCUUCACCUCCGUCAACUUCUUCGUCUUUGAGCGCAUAGCGACUACAAUCCCAGAAUGCGUGACUGUUGCAUAUCGAUGGCGGAGAGCAAUGACUGAGGAGUUUGAUGAAGAUGUGGUAUUUGAGAACUCUCCUCUCUUCCAGUACCUGCAGGAUCUAGGACACACAGAUUUCGAGGCAUGUCCGACCGUGUCACAGGAGGAGGAGUGUGGUGGAGGAGAGGCGACCAUCUCCCACCAGGACUUCCCUCCCAAAUCUACAGGAGGGCUUUUAUGGCAAUUGGCUGAAGCCGUAUGGAGGCGCACCCCGUUCCACCAGGCCGCGGCUUCCCAUAGGAUGGAGCAGCAGCUGGACGGUGUGUUUGGCCAGUACUCUGUGAGGUGUGUGCUGGAGCAGGACGUUCUGCUGCAGGAGGAUGUGGAGCUGAUUGAGCUGCUGGACCCCAGCCUGCUCACCCUGGGCUCCUCCUCGGGCUGCCCCAGCCUGGGUCACACCCUGCCCAGGCCCCGCCUCCUCGCCACGCCCUCACACUGGGACGUUGCUGUGCUGGUGGGCCUGGCCGCCGUGCUCCUGGGCCUGUACACCAUCUCAGAGGGGGUGUGGUCUCUGGCGGCCGUCCCCUGGGGUGCAGUUGUUCUGGGCUGGGUGGGGCUGAGGGGAGCGGGCUUGUGGAGGCAGGGCCAGAUGCAGAGGGCCGUACACACCCGGGCCUCAGAGCUGCAGGCACUGGUGGGGAACAGCAAAACGCUGACCAGCCUGGCUCGGAAAUCCCUGCGUCUGGUGCAGGAGACGGAGGUCAUUUCUAGGGGGUUCACCCUUUUGCUCGACAGGGUGAGUGCCGCCAGCUCCUUUAGCAGGGCCGGGCCGGGGGCGGGGCCUAGAGGGCAGCAGCUGAUUGGCCUGAGGAAGGCGGUUUACCGGGCCCUCCGCUCAGCCUUCCGAGCAUCCCGCAGAGCCACCUGCCACAUGCUCAAAUCGUACCCCCUCAACUCUGAGAUCGACAACGUGACAAACUACGUGUCUGCAGUUCCGCUGAAGGAGCUGGGCCUGGGCCUGGGGGUGGAGCAUCUGAGCGACGAGCAAGCCCAGGAGCUCACAGACGACUUCAGCCUCCCGGCCCUGAAGGUGCUGUUCCAGCUGUGGGUGGGACAGAGCUCAGAGUGUUUCCGCCGAUUGGCCCUGCUGCUGUCCCCACUGCGAUUGGAGGAACCCUCGGAGGGCGAGGUGAAGGGUGAGGCCUGUCCGCCUCUGCAUUGCACUAUCGGCAUGGUAACGGAACCCCUGCACCAUGCCCUGGCCGGUUGCCUGGGCGAUCUGCAGCGCAGCUACGACUUCCACCGCUACUUUGAGACCCAGCCGCGGCCCCACGGCACGGACAGGGUGGGGCGUGCCAGGGAGAAAUGCAGAGAGCUUAACACCCUCCACACGUCGGUACGCAGCCUUCAGCUGCACCUCAAAGCCCUGCUCAGCGAGAUGAUCAUCAUGGAGGACGACCUGGAGAAGCUGAUGGUGUCCAGGGAGGCGGUGGAGGUGACGUGCGAGGGCUACCAGGACCUCAGUGACCGGCUGCACCACCUGCAGCCCCACAUGCAGGCCAGCGCCGGCUGCUGGGAGGACACGCUGGGCCAGGUGGAGCGCAUGCUGCGACGCGCCAACAACUGCCCGGGAACCCCUGAAGGCCCAGAGCAGUGUGCCCCCCAUGUCCCCAAGGCCCCUCCCCCUCCCCCCACCUACACCCUGAUCCAGGACAGGGACCCUGUGCCUGAGGAACAGGAGCUGGAGGCGUACGUGUCGGACUCGGACUCCGAGGGCGAGUUUAAGGGCUCGGUGUGUGACAUGCUGUCCCCAGAGGAGAGGGAGCGUCAGCGGGGGGAGAGGGAGGAGUCUCGCCGCGUCCUGUCAGAGCUCAAAGCCGUGCUGGGCAUGCGAGCCUCCGAGGGAGAGAGGAGGAAGUGGAAACAGCUGCUGUUCAACGACCAAGCCGCAGUGACGCCUACCGUGUCUGGGGAACUCCCGAGUGACUCCGCCCCAGUGGAGGCUCCGCCUCCUGUGGACAUGGCAGAGACAGACGGCAGGGAGGGAAACCAUCUGCCGGAGAGUUCUAAAGAGCAGGAGAACCAGGAGGAGGUCAGGGAUGACCCCUCCCUUAAAGAGACUGAGAAAGAGGCCGAGCCUGUGACUGAAUUCACCUGUGGUCGGGUGGAGGAGAGGGGGGAGGAGACAGGGGAGGAGGGAGGAUCAGCCUCAGAUGGGGGGAGCGCGACGCGUCUCUACCAAUACGACGGGCUGCCCGGAGAGGGGUCGGGCCAGAACGGGGUGGACUGCCUGCUGCGACAGAGGGUCCUCGCCGUCUCUGUGAUGGACCGGCUGACGGAGAUGCACGGGUCGGCCGCGCUCAGCUUUAGCUCCGCCCUCGCCGCCCAGGUGGCCGCACGCUCACACACCUUUACCAACAUGGAGGAGCAGACUUUUGGAGAUGACGAGGAGGGGGAUGAGGAAGAGAAGGAUUCUGGAACGAGUGGACGGGUGCCCGAGGGGGAUUAGAAGCCACAACCAACGGUUUACGUAGCACCGAACAGAGCCCCAAAGAGCCGUGUUUAAGUCUGCUCGUCUGGCUUAUUUAUUGAUGAGUCACUAUGGUAUUUCACCUUAGCUGUGUGAGUGAAGGAGGACCAUGUGUGUUUUAAAGAGCGACGUUAUGCUCUUCUGUUAACGUGUGUGACGCUCAGCUCCAUUCUUCCGUCCGCUUACCCACAAUCCCCUCUGGGUUCUCCUGUUCUUCUCAGGUACAAAAAAAACCAACAACACAAACUCUAACCUCCUGUGAAUGUCCUCUGUGUACCGGUUUAACAAUCCACAUGUUAGCACAGCGUCGGUUGUGGAGAGGUUGAUUGUUGCAACAAAUGCAUUUAUUGAAUGUCCUUUUUACAACAACUAAAGCAAUGCAUGGUUUUGGUUACAUUUCCCAAAUCAUUAAUACUGGAUUCUUAUUGUGACCACCUUACUCAUUGCUCCCUAUGUUGGCUACUGUGCAGAGGUAGGUGUGAUGCUGGUGUACUGGUUAAGAUGUUCUAGAAAGUGUGUUCAGCCAGGGCUGGAUUCUCAGGUAGUGAGUCAGUGAAUCAGAGGGCUGAAAGUUACUCAGUGGAACUUUGCUGACCAUAACACAUGCACACACACUUGAGAGGAAAGUGGAAAAGGGGGUUUAUAGCACUACUAUAUUUCUGUUUCUUUCAAAGGUUUUCAUGUGUCUCAUCUUAGUCAGUACCAGUUAAUCUGCUGAAAGCCCUGCAAUUUAGCCCACUACAUCAAAUUGGCAGAUGAAAAUGUGGUCUUCAGUAAACCUUAAAUGUGAUGUUAAGCUUAAACUGUACUUUGUCUUGUCAUAUGUUGGCAAAAACAUUGUCACUGUACUUGUAUAUAAUUAAGGAAAUGUGUUUACAUUUGUCAGCUGACAAAAUGUGUUACAUAAAUCACAAAAUAAAUGUUUAUUGCAGGCACUUGAUUGGGCCUCUCCGUAGUGCAGGGUCAGUACUGCUCAGCAUGAGCCCAGGCCGUAAUCAUAAUAUAUAUUACACAUCCCCCCCAAUAUUCAAAUCUGUUCAAAAUGUCCCCCCCAAUAUAUUGAUAUAAAAAUAUAAAUACAAAUAUAAAUGUUCUACACUACAACAGGCAACCACGCACGCUGUCCGAAAUUAUGAUUAAAAAAAUAAUUAGUCCCCCCCAAUGUUGACUCCAUGGCUACGGCUUUGGCAUGAGCGACAUAAAGUGAGACCAGAUGUAAAUGUGACACACAAAGUCACAAGACUGGAACGCUGUGAGAAAUCCAAUGGAGCCAAUAAAGUAGGUUUAGUACUUUACUGCUUCCUUCAACAUCGUCAUGGCAAUUACCACUGACUUCUGAAUUCCAAUGUUCCUUUGGCUCACUGUUCCAUGUCUGAAGGAGCUUCUGCCUGAAUACUGUUGUGUCUUGAAUGUUUUAAAUAUUUCAUGGAGGCUCCAGUCCACUCUGUCUCUGUGUUUGUGUUUACAAUGGGUCACUCUACAGUGAGAAUGAUUGGAGAAUUGCAUUUUAGGCAAUUAUUCAGUGUUGCACCUAGGAAUUUAUGCAGCCAAUGUCAAUUUGUUCAUCAGAAUGUUCAACAAAUGUUUGCACGAGCCAACUGCACCUGUCAAUGAGUGGAUAGUGUAAAAGUUAACCAUUCUGUUGGUAUAAAGAAAAAGUUCUUGUUUUAUAGCAAAACCUUAAAAUUGCUUACAUUAUUUUGCCCAGUGCCCACCCUCCCUUCUGUACCAUUGUGUCUGCCUCGCCUCCUGCACUGUUGGGUGUGUCCUCUCCUCCUGUCCAGACUAUGUUUCAUUUGUAAAAUAAAAGGCCAUCUCAAA